AUGCCCUAUACAAGGCCCGUCUCCCCGGUCUCCCUCGAAACAUGCGUGCCUCCGCCCGACGAGCUAGAUCCAGAUGACCUGCUCGCCUCGGACGACGAGCUGGAUGAUGCCGCCCGAGUUGCAAAGCGUCAGCGGGUCGAGAAGUUAGCAGAGUCGUAUCUCCAGGGCAAACAGCUGCUGAUUCUCUCUGCUUCGCUGCGAGGCCCGUUCAAUGAGGGAUGGAACAAUCCAUGGAAGAAGAACAGGACACGCGGGACUGGCACAUCGGCGAGGGUUUUAUUGAAUCGUCAAACAAAUGUCCCUGAGCCGAUGGUCCAAGAAACUGAUUUGCGGGCUCCGAAGUACCGAGAGAGCCUAUCGGUUAGCACACGUCGUCCGGAGAUUCCUGCGACAUCGUGCAACUCCCCUGGAACCUCGGUGCAAACUGGAGACCGUUCUUUGCCCUCUAAAUCGCCGCGGAGGCAACCCAAGGAGCCCACCCCGCGCCCCGGACAUGGGCAAAAUGGAGCAUCACGACGGUUUACCACAAAAUCAAAGGAAACGCCGUCGUCAGCAGUGGAUGAUCAGUCAAAAAUGCCGCCUAGGACAGCAGACUGGCUGAAGAAGGAUCGGAAGCUCAUAAACUUCACCAAGUUCGAACCGCCGAGCUCGCCAACAAUAUCAAUUGCUUCUCGUCAGUCAGAUAAACCUCGUCGACCGUUUCCUCGCUCUGUUCAAGUCCAGGUCCCACAGACGCCGGGAUCGCCAAUAAAAUCUCCUGUUAAAACCGUCCCAGCGAAGACAGCCCAGAGUGCUCGUGCCAACUCGAACGGGCACAUAUCCCCACGGUCGACUUCAGCCGCCUCAAAUUCUCCCAAAGUCCCUGCCAUUGCAAAAUUAUCACCGUUUCAACAAUAUCAACAAUCUCAUUUGCCACAGGAAGCAUCUCUCCGAAUCGUUAAUUCUUCCUCUCAGCUGCCGAGGUUUGAAUAUCGGAGGUGGCUCCGUCAACAUUCUAGUCAACAGGAGAAGACUUCUCCUAUGCAAGAUGAGAGCAUUCUGCAAGAAGAGACCUUUUUGCAGGAGGACAGCCCUCUGAAAGAAAAGUCCAUAGUCGAUCCCGCACCCGCCAGGCCUAGUCCCGCUAGGGAUCAAGUGUUGGAACCUGCUGAACCUGAACCUUUGGCUCCUGGGGAAAUAACAGUCCACAAUGAGGACUCCAUAACGAAAGAUGCAAGCCACAAGUCUUUGUCGAAAGAAAUCAGGUUCGCAGAUGAGGAAGAUGUCAUAGAGGACAAUCUUGCGGUGGAAGAGAUCGUAGUAGAAGGUGCCGAUGAGGGUGAGGCCGCGGCAGAAGAUGUUGCAGACGAGGAAGAUACAUCGACAUUCCACAACACAGAUCUCUCUGCACCAACCGAACCGAACACCUACGAUGAUCUCCCUUCUGCCCAACAAGUGCUAGCGCCUUUGGGGGUUUCAGAUCGGGUAACGUCAUUACACUCGACGGCUUUGCCAAGAGGAGAUUCUGGACCAGAUCUUCAGCCAAGCCCUGAUACCCAGCUGUCGACCCAGGCUGCCCUUUUGCAUGCCCAGAAGUCUUUUCAAGACGACCUGGACAGUCCAGAAUAUUACAAUCAACAUACACCGGAUCCGGACCGGGCAGUCCAUUCACCCAAUGCUUCACUUCACUCAGCAAAUGUCACUCCAUUCUACCGUCUAGAAGAGUCGAUUCGACGUGAUCUAGAGCGGGGUUCUAAAUCCAUGAACAAGGAUGGGAUGCAAGCAAUGAGCACGCAAUUCAUGCUUGAUGCAGCCACACCUUUCAAUUUCAGCACUGAGCAAGCUGGUCAAGAUCGGAGCUUGAAACCUACGAACAGAAAUAUGAUGCAAGCCUUGAAUACGCAGUUCAUGCUUGAUGCAGCUACACCCUACGUUUUCAGCACAGAGAAGAGACAGCAUACAUCCCGGCCAGACUCAGGUUCUCCUACAGCCAGAAGCUCCAAGAGAAAAAGGACGGCCAAUAUCAGAAGCCCAUCCCCUCCUACUAGGAGUCAAUCAACACCUCCCGACAACGAAUAUCACACUGCGGACUCCCAAUCAGGCGAAGAAGAAGAAAGUCCACGAUCAGUGGCCCAACAGUUGGAUCAUCAACCAACUUUCCAAUCUGCCACAGAGGUCGCGUCCUUGCCCCUCACACUAAACAACUCGACGCCAACGACAGGCCAGGAUGGACAAGGUGGAAUAGAGAGUUUCAACCUCAGCCAGGCUAUUGCAGAUGCUGGUAGUUGGCUUCAACAAAGCUUUGAUUUCAUGAAGGACAGCGGCCGCCAGAGUCAGAAUCUCAAGGCAAUUCCUACUUCUGAUGCGCAUCCAUCCCCUUUACACAUGGAUCUAUCUCAAUAA